AUGUUCCUGUACAGAACAGCCCAAAGUUGCGCUUACGCUGAAGAAAUUGGGAUCCUUAAAAUAAACCAAGCCGAUAGCCGCUUGUUGUUACAAAUUCCCAGAAAUAGCGCGAUAAUUAGCUUCAACCCGUACUUAGACGAGAACGACGUCUUGAGAGCACGCGGUAGAACCAAGUUGUGCAAGUUUAUCAGUUCGACUGCAGCACAGCCAGUCAUUCUUCCGCAUCAUCAUCAUAUAACAAAGCUGAUAAUCGCAGAUGUACAUAAGAAAUAUCACUAUCAGAAUCACAGAACGAUAAUCAAUGAAAUUAAUCAGCGGUACUGCAUUUCUCGCCUGAAAUCUAUUUAUAAUUCCAUCCGCAACAUCUGCCAGCACUGUAAAAACGAGCGGGCAGCUCCCCAGCCCCCGGCGAUGAGCAUUCUACCAAUGGCCAGACUUGCAGCUUAUAGCCCACCUUUCACGCAUAUGGGAGUGGACUACUUCGAACCGAUGCUGGUACUAGUGGGACGAAGAAUCGAAAACCGUUGGGGGGUCCUAGCUACCUGCUUAACCACUCGCGCAGUCCACUUGGAAAUUGCUCAUACGUUGAUCACCAGCUCGUGCAUUAUGGCCAUACGAACGAGCAAGGAAUUGCAAACCGCCAUGGAGGAUCUCGAUGAGGAAUGCUUGGCGAAGGAAUUUACGACUAUACAUACCGAUUGGAAAUUCAUUCCUCCGGCUUCCCCUCAUAUGGGAGGAGCAUGGGAGCGACUGAUACGUAGUGUUAAACAAAAUCUGAUCAAAUUGUCACCAAACAAGGUUCCAACCGAUGAAGUGCUCAUAAACACAUUAAUCGAAAUUGAAAACAUCAUUAACUUUCGUCCACUUACCAAUGUCCCAGUGGAUAACGAUCAGUCACCAGUUUUGACGCCCAACCAUUUUUUACUAGGAUCGUCGAACGGUAUGAGAUCAUGGGUUCCAUACGACGAUACCUACAUCACCCAUAAAAAUAACUGGCAGCUCUCCCAAGUGCUGACCAAUGCAUUUUGGAAGUUAUGGCUACAGGACUAUUUACCGACGCUCACGCGCAGGACGAAGUGGUUCAACGAAGUCAAGCCCAUCCAAGUUAACGAUAUAGUCGUUAUCAUCGAUCCAAAACAUGCUCCCAACGCAUUACGGGGGGAGUGUUAA